GCAUACGUAGAAGACAGAGACUGACAUUACCGGCCGCCAGCGGCCAUAGUAUACAAAUUCAAGACCGAACGACAAAGCAUUUCUAAAUACAGUGUCCAGUCUUUAUAGAUCUGUAGUCACUGCACAGUGUAACGAAAGUUUGUCGAGUGAGUGACAAGAAGUUUCUUUCCUUAGAGUACUUCUUCUCCGAGUUCUCAGUAAUAAGUUUAAGAAAAAAAAAAAACAAUGAUAUUGCGACGUAUAUCCCUUAUAGUUGGAACUGCUGGUAAUUUGUUAAAAGUGAACGGACAAAUGAAAAUACACGUUCGAUCAAGGAUAACAACACCUUCAGGCGCCAUUCUUCCAGAGCCAAAAAGGCCUCGUUUUAGUUUUUUGGGUGUCAUUUGCAGCGUCACGAUAGGAUUAAUUACCGGAGCUACUAUGAGUAAAAUAAUUGCCAAUUUUUUGGAGGAGAAAGAACUCUUUGUACCGUCAGACGAUGACGACGAUGACGAUUAACCAUACUAUACUGCGCGUAAAACAUCGCUACCAAGUUUUUUAAAAUUCUGCAACCUUACGCCUUUCAUUCCAUUCUUUUGAGAGUAAAUUAAACAUGUGCAAAGACAUUAUUUUCAAAAUUGUAUUAAGAUUAAAAUGAAAAAGCCAACAGUAUACUGUGUAAUAAACUUUUCUGAUGGAAGAAACAGAAACAAGUUAAGUACAUGUAAAAAUGUAUCUGCAAAUUCGUUUAUCAAGUUAUCCAGAAUAAAUGUACAUAUAUAGAUGUGACAAGUGUAACAUGUUAUGUAAAUAACUCCACUGAACUCACAGAUAAAUUAGAAAUAUUACUGAUGUUACUCAAGCAGUAUUAUUCCUUUCUUUUCACGAAAAAUGAUCGGUUCUUUGUGCAAAAAAGAGAAAAUAAGAAUAAGAAAUUGUGCAUCAAUAUGACGGUAGUAGCACCGUAAUACUGUUAUUCGUAAAUACGUAAUAAACUCGUAUUACAAACAA